GCAAGUGAUCUUCUCCUAAUUUAGUAGUUAGUACUGCUCACCAAGAUGUGGAUGAUGGGUUACAACGACGGUGCUGAGUUCAACAUGCCUGAUUCCUUCAAUGGCAGGAAACUUAGGCCUCUGAUUCCAAGGCCAAUGACUUCUGCAUACAACUCUCCUUGUCUAAGCCGUAUCAAUGGCACCGAAUUUUUUGCACUAAAUCAUCACCUAACUAUAGGAGAUCAAAACAAGAGGGAUUUCAAUACCCAACCGGCUGUUGUCGUCAGCUCAAGGUGGAAUCCAACGCCUGAGCAGUUAAGAACUCUUGAAGAACUUUAUAGAAGAGGAACUCGAACCCCAUCAGCAGACCAAAUUCAGCAAAUAACAGCACAGCUGCGCAAAUAUGGUAAGAUAGAAGGAAAGAAUGUGUUCUAUUGGUUUCAAAACCACAAGGCAAGGGAACGGCAAAAACGUCGCCGGCAAAUGGAAUCAACUCAAGAUGAGCACAGUCGAGACACCGAUAUCUUUGAAAGAAAAGAUUCAGGAGCAAAUAGGACAGAUUAUGAAGUUGAACAGACCAAAAACUGGGCACUUCCUACAAACUGCAGUACACUAGCAGAGGAAUAUGUUUCAAUACAAACAGCAGCAAAAGCAGCAGUGGCAGAACGUAGAGCAGAUGGAUGGAUCCAAUUCGAGGAAGGGGAAUUACAGCAUAGAAGGAAUUACUUUAUGGAAAGGAAUGGCACGUUGCAGAAGAUGCUAUUGUCUUACUCUUGCCCCCCUCCCACCUCCUCUACCACAGCAGCAGCGGCGGCUAGCACUGCCACCACUCGCACCACAGCGCCAAUACCAACAGCAAUAAGAACAAUGGACCCAAAGCAGCAGCUCACUAAGGCUCCUUAUGAUCUCAACAUCUUUAUAGCUCCCUGCAGUCAAAACAUCAAUAUACUUGACCCUUUCAACACUGCCAGAAACCAAGACGAUGGUCCUGUGGAAUCUCAAACCCUACAGCUCUUCCCUCUUCGUAGCGGCGACGGUACCCAUAUCGCUAAGGCGAAAGAGAAUGAGAUAUCAGCUGCAGCCAUGACCGCCAACCUCACUCCUUGCCAGUUUUUUGAAUUCCUUCCUUUGAAGAACUAAAAGAAAGAAACUUUUUUCACUAAUUUGCUAUCUAUCUAUGUAUUAAUUAAGUCAGAAGUUGGGAACUGUAUUUAUUGUUGUGAUUUUAUAUUUCAUGACCUAACAAAAGGUUGGCUCAAUUGGUAAGGAUUUUUCAUUUA